GUCACAACAUGACUUACAAUCUCUUCAAGUUUGUUGUUUACCUUGCCGAACCGGAUGCCUUCAAUCGGAAGAUCCCUCAUCCAGUGAUGUCUGACUAAAUGAUUGAAAUAUUUUCUUCGACGCUACCGCACGUCCGAACUUCGUCAGCAGCAGAUAUAACUGAACCCAUGCAGAAAUAACUGACACGAAGGAGUACGCUUCUCAGUCUCGACGCGAAGCUGGACUACAGAUGUUACUCAUCAUACGGGCCGUAUCAAGCGAAGAAAUUGCAGCCCAGCCCAAGGAAGAUCUCAACUGAUAAGUGUGUCUUAGAAAUUCGGGCCGUAGCAAUGCUUUCUUAAGUCGUAGUUUCUCUGUCGACUGGCAGAGCAGUGGGACCUUCAUCUUUUCUUUCAAUGUCUCCGAUCCUAGUCGCCUUUGCUGCAAUCCUCCUAGCUUAUCUGUUACGUUCGUGGUUGAACCGGCCUUCGGUCAAACACGUAAAGGGUCCACCACCCGUCUCUUUCUGGCUAGGUCAUGAACGUGUUCUUCGCAGUCAAGGCAAUAUCGGCGAACUUGAAAUGAAAUGGUGCAAGGAAUACGGAACCGUGUAUCGUGUCGGGGGAUGUUUUGGACAAGACGUCUUGGUGGUAUCCGAUCCCAAAGCUCUCGACCACAUCUUCCACACUUCACAUCCUUAUCCAAAAUCACAGGAUUUCAACUUCAUCCUGGGUCUUAUGCUCGGAGGGGGGCUCAUUGUAGUUGACGCUGAAAUUCAUCAUCGCCAACGCAAAAUAAUAAAUCCUGCAUUUUCCCGCGCGCAGCUCAGGAACUCGCAGCUAAUAUUCCAGCAGUGCAGCGACAAGCUUGUGGAGGCUUUGAAGGGAUCCUUGCCUGGGCCUAAUGAAACCGUCAAUAUAGUGGAAUGGACGAGCAAUGUCACUCUGGAUAUCAUCGGUUUAGCCGCCUUUCGAUACGACUUCGGUUCACUCGAGGGCCGUAACACAGAGCUAGGGCAAGCCAUGAGGCAUCUAUUCACCACCUCGCAAUCUAAUACGACAGCAUUCGAGUUUAUGUUUGUAGCUCUAAUUAGAAUGCUUCCAGAGUCAGUGCUGAAGCUCCUGCGGCUGAUUUCAACGCGAGAAACUCGUCAGUUCGCCAGAGUUCGAGAGGUGUCGAGAAAAGCUGCUCGCGAGAUCAUGAUCAGUCAGUACGAGGUUCAGGAACAGGGUGAGGAUAAAGAUAUUGUUGAUCUGUUAGGAAGAGCGUGCCUUACAGGCAAAAUGAAUGCAGACGAAAUCGAGUCGCAGCUAAUAACGUUCGUACUUGCUGGACACGAAACAACGGGUACGACCGUAGCCUGGUUGUUGUACGAACUUGCCAUACAUCCAGACCAUCAAUCAAUCAUACGCGAGGAGUUGAAACAAUUUAAGGAUUACGACUCGAUGCCAUUCAUGAAUGCAGCGAUCAAAGAAGUUCUCCGUUUUCAUCCCAUCGUGCAUUCCCUCACACGUACCGCUCCUCACGAUGACGUUCUCCCCCUUUCUGGAGGAAAGACGCUUGCCGUACCUAAAGGGCAGACCUUUGCCUGUUCCAUGUAUGCGUACAACCGUCUCUCAUCACUUUGGGGUGAUGACGCGGAGGAAUGGAAUCCUGCUCGGUUUCUUAAGAAAGGUCUUCCUGUCUCAUUGGGAGUGUAUGCUAAUUUGAUGACGUUCGGCGCUGGACCCCGGUCAUGCAUUGGGUGGCGGUUUGCGCUUAUGGAGCUCCAGACGAUUCUAGCGAGGCUGAUUCAAAACUUCGAGUUCAGCUUGCCGGAGGGAGGUGUGGAAAUAGUGCAGUUCCCCGGAUCGCCGGCGGUCGUACCUGUUGUGAAAGGCAAAGCCCAUUUGGGUGCCCGGGUCCCAUUGAGAGUCAAAGUCUUACAUCUGUAAUGAAGCUAAGGUGACCUUGGAGGACGAGGACCGGAUUACAUUUUUUUUCGCUCUAAGAUUAAGGAGCUGUUUGCGGAAGGUAGACCCAUUCUUGUGUGUAAAGAUAAUCAAUGGUAUAGAGAGUCA